UGCUCCAACCUGCUCUUCCCUCGGUGUGCUCAUCAGGCAUUUUACUUGACACGAUUGAGCUGCAAACAUCUGACUGCAAAACGUCCGAGUCGUUUGGUCACUCCUUGCACUACAGAUACCACCAUGCAUCCUGUCAGUGUUGUCAUUGGAUGUCUCACUAUGUCGGGAGCUCUACUGUCGCUGCCCUCGUCAUGUCUCAUAACCAUGUUGGCUGUGCUUGGAAUCUUCAUAGCCUGUCGCGCCCCUUGGAAGUUUGUACAUGUGGCGCUACAUACCUUCAAAAGAGACGUCCUGUAAUAUGCCUGAUUGUUAUACUGCGAGUGAAGUUUGCAAUGUACCAAGCUGCCAGAAAAAGGAGAACAAUUCCCACCUUGUUUGCCAAGACGGUCGCAAAGCACCCGGACAAACCAGCGCUUAUCCACGAGCCCACAGGAGAGGUCUGGACUUUCAGGGACCUGCAGGAGCAGUGCCACGCUGUUGCUCACUGGGCAUUGGCACGAGGAUGGGCGGAGGGGGACGUCGUGGCAUUGUACAUGGAAAGUCGUCUGUUAUUGGUGGCGCUGUGGUUAGGUCUCGCUAUGGUGGGAGUGGAGGCUGCUUUUAUCAACUACAACCUGCGACUGAAAUCACUGCAGCACUGUGUUAGUGUGUCCGGGGCCCGUGCGUUGGUGUUUGGAAGCGAGCUAACUGAAGCUAUUUUUGCAGUGCGAGGCUCUCUGCAUUGCGACAUGCUAUUGUUUUGGACCGGUGAACAGGCAGAUAAGGAGAAGAUCUGUUGUCUCAAGGCUGCAGAUCUGGAUGAAGUGCUGGCACGUUCACACAAGCACCCACCCAGCUACACACUCAACAAGACAUUCAAUGACAGACUUUUCUACAUUUACACCUCUGGUACGACAGGAAUGCCAAAAGCAGCCGUGGUGGUGCAUAGUCGGUAUUACCGCAUUGCUGCGUUUGGCUUUCAUGCUUUUGGUUUACAACGUGAUGAUGUAAUCUACAACUGUCUUCCUCUAUACCACUCUGCAGGAACUAUCAUGGGUGCAGGUCAAUGUUUGCUCUUUGGUUUGACGGUUGUUAUCAGAAGUAAGUUUUCAGCCAGCAGGUUCUGGGAUGAUUGUGUUAAGCACAACUGCACAGUCAUCCAAUAUAUCGGGGAGAUUUGUCGAUACUUAUUAGCCCAGCCCAUUCACUCAUCUGAGGAGCAUCACCGGGUCCGUGUCGCCAUUGGUAACGGUCUCCGUCCAUCCGUGUGGGAGGAGUUUGUUGGGAGAUUCAGAAUAAAACGUGUUGGGGAAUUUUAUGGAGCCACAGAGUGCAACUGCAGCCUCAUCAACAUUGAUGGAAAGGUGGGCGCAUGUGGCUUCCACAGUCGCAUCCUGCCAAACCUUUACCCCAUCAGACUGGUCAGGAUGAAGGAAGACAGCAGGGAAUUGCUCAGAGAUGCGCAGGGACUCUGUAUACCUUGUCAACCUGGUGAACCAGGAAUGUUAGUGGGCUGCAUCAAUGAGAAGGAUCCACUCAGGAGAUUCGAUGGCUAUGCUGAUCAGGAUUCCACCACUCAGAAAAUAGCACACAAUGUCUUCGAGACGGGAGACUCAGCCUAUGUCUCAGGUGACAUACUGGUGAUGGAUGAUUAUGGCUACAUGUUCUUCAGGGACCGCUGCGGCGACACGUUUCGCUGGCGAGGGGAGAACGUUUCCACCACAGAGGUGGAGGGAGUCCUCAGUGGCCUGCUGGGACAUACCGAUGUUGCCGUCUAUGGAGUUUGCGUGCCAGGUGUGGAAGGAAAGGCUUGUAUGGCAGCAAUAGCACAUGCAGAAGGCCAGUUUGAUCUUGAUGACUUCUUGUCCUCUGUCCAAAAAGCCCUUGCCCCUUACGCUCGUCCGGUCUUCCUUCGACUUAUGCCAGCUGUGGACACCACAGGCACCUUCAAGUUUCAGAAGAUGCGGCUACAGAAGGAAGCGUACAAAUUACAAAACUCCACAGAAAAGAUCUAUUUUCUCAACAGCCUUGUUAGGUGUUAUGAGGCGCUCACUGAUGAACUAUAUGACUCCAUCCUGGAGGGACAAGUCCGUCUAUGAAGAGACAGAUACACUGUUGGUCAUGGAAAAUAAAUUUUUGUAUCCUAACUGGGGACCAAAAAUAAAUUAAAAAAAGGAUUUGGCGUAUAGUUUUAGAGAGAAACGUUACAUUUAGCCUCACUAACGAAAAAUACAGGCCUUACAUCAUAGAUUUAAGCAUUUUAAGGCGAAAUUGAAAUUAAAUGAAACACAAACAUACAUGACACAACAGUUUUUGUGAUUAUUCGUAAUUUGGCAUCAUCUAGUGGUCAAUAGGAGAACCCCCGCAAAAUGACAAUGGAACGACGUCUUAUGAACUAAAGUAUUUGGACACAAAUAUGGAGUUUUCUUCAAUUAGAGACUAUACUAGAUUUCACUCUUCCAGGAUUGUUUCUAAAGGUGAUUCACUCCAAAGGCGUGAAAGAAGGUUGAGGCAAGGGGUUCUCUUCUCGACCAAUCUCACCAAAUCAUGCCUGGAUGACUGACUUUGUUUUAUGCGUGAGUCACAGUCAUCCUGGGACAAAAAAUAGCCUCCCUCUCCCAACUUGUUCCCAUAUAGCUGGAAGAAUCCAUUGCAAAUUUUGAUUUACAUUUGUGAGGAGGAACACAGGAGCCCUUCCAUAAUACUGUAUUAAUUAACAGAUUUAUGGAAAGCCAUCUGCGUGCAAUAUGUAUUUUCCGAGGGUGAGGAGAGGGCCAAGCUGUGGUCACUGUGGGAAGCUUUCUGAUGAAAUGCUAUGCAACAGCUCCUUUUGUGUGCUUCUUGGAGAUAUCUGCUCUCACUUAGUAACUUUGUACAACUGUAUGGCUUCGUGACAACUUUGUAACCCAAAGACACAGUAAUUAUAAGGCACAUGUGUAUGCUGGCUCUUUGGGUUUGGCUUUGUGCAUCCCUAUUAAUGGGACAACUAUAUGUCUCCACAACUGGUUUUCUUCUGAAUAUAUUUGUAUGUAUGAUGUGGAUGGUGUUCGAUAGGAGGCAGUAGGACCUUAGAAGAAAAUGCUGUGGUCAGUGCUUGCAACUGUUUCAAGUUUUAUAGAGUGAAUUACUACAGUCAGUCUGCACAGUAAUACAAUAAUUUUGUUUUGAUGUGAAAGACGCAUUUCAUCAUUUUGCAACAGAAUGCUUUCAUAGCAAACAAUAUCCUGAAAAAUUGAUUUGACAACAACCAUGAAAACCAAUUGUCAUGCUUCAACUUUUGAGGAUAUUGUCUGUUAUGAAAACACAAAUGGGCAUUAUCAUGUCCUGGAUACCAGAGAAUCUACCAAGACAUAAGAGGCAAAGCAUAACAAUUCAUUUCUUCUUGCAGCCAGCUGUGGCUACAGAGGUAAACUACUACGUCUGCAUAUUGUUUACAUGAAAACUUCUCACUGCUUUGAGGCUCAAGGGAUCAUGCAGGCUGUGACUCAUCAUCAGGAAAUGAAACAGAGAGGAUUGGAAGGGGUAACUGGUAGUGGGUAAUACAUGUGGAGCCACUUUCAUUUGGCUUGAUGGAAUGUACCAAAUGAAAGCAUGGAAAAUUUGGGAGUUUAUUUAGUAGGACUGCUGUUACAUGUAUUAAUGGAAAUCCAUCUGAAAGUUUUUUUUUCAAGCUGUGUGGUAGUCACUGAUGGCAAGAUAAAAAGUUGGAUGUUCAAAGUGUAUGCACAUUGUACAAUUGACCCUGUCGUGGUGGGUUGACUUUUUUUCUGAGGGCAAUUUGAUGUCUGUAUCAUUACCUUACUAGUCUUUCAAAACUGGCAGCAAAAUUGAAUUUACUUCCAUCAGCUCCAAAUACUAAAUUGUUAAACAGAAAAAAAAA